CAGCGCUAUCCAGAAGGUGCGUCUCCUGUCUUCUGCGCCCCUCCCUCACUGACUCCCAGCAUCACUGGCAGCCCGGUGAUGCUGCCAUAAACCGGAAAAAUAAAUUCCCGUUUUAACUAUCCUGGAAUUGGGCGUCGUAUUUUUUUCUGAGUGGUUACUGUGUGCUGCAUUAAUUUGUAAGUAAAGGCCCUAUAAUGUGUUAGUGGACGCGACCCUGUUCAGAUAAAUAACAGCUAUAACCUGCUUCUGUAUAUUCUCCUGCUCUUCAUAUAGACCGUGCGCAUCAGAGGUUGUGUAGACGAGGUCGCUGUGAAUAAUACAUUUCUUUUUUUCGCUCGUCGGCUUUUCGAGGCUUUUCAAGGGCAUCGGCGAGCGACACGGUGCGGCAGCGAUGUGCGCGGCCGACGGCUACGCGGAGCAAGUGGGAGGGAACCUGUUUCUGCCGCUGUAGUCAUUGAGUUUUAGGAGUUUUCGGCCAUAUCCAGGGUUCAAGCACUCCGCUGUAGCUCCUCGCUUGGCUUUGGGAUGCGACGUCAUGAGUUGAUCGCGCCUGACAGAUGUUGCUGUGUUGCAGUUUCACGGGCGUAGAUUUCUCCGCUUGUUCGCUCGCUGUUCCGGGGGAGAUUCUGUGAAACGCUUUGUGUGUUAAAUGUGAAGCCUUCGCCGCGCUGCUCGGGCAGAUCGCAAUAUUCAUUUAGUCUUUGGGAUUGCAUAAAAUGAUACCUGGAUCUGCCGCAUCAAUGCUACCGUCUGCAGAAGCUGCGAAAUUGUACCAGACCAAUUAUGUCCGCAACUCCCGUGUCAUCGGACUUUUAUGGGCCAUCUUCACUAUCCUGUUCGGCAUCGUUAACGUGACCAUCUUCUCACAGCCCUAUUGGAUUGGGGAUGGCGUGGAUACGCCGCAGGCCGGCUACUUCGGCCUUUUUCACUACUGCGUCGGAGACGGACUCUCCAGAGAGCUGACCUGCCAGGGGAGCUUCACUGAGUUCUCUGCCAUCCCGUCCGGUGCGUUCAAGGCCGCUUCCUUCUUCAUUGGAAUGUCCAUGAUGCUGGUUGUCUCCUGCAUCGGCUGCUUCAGUCUCUUCUUCCUCCUCAGCACCUCCACCGUGUACAAGAUCUGUGGCUGGAUGCAAGCAGCAUCAGGUGUCUGUUUGGUGCUCGGUUGUAUGAUAUAUCCCGAUGGCUGGGACAGCGACGAGGUCCGGCGGAUGUGCGGCGAGCAGACAGACAAAUACAGCCUGGGAGCCUGCUCAGUGCGUUGGGCCUACAUUUUGGCUAUUAUGGGCAUCCUGGAUGCUCUCAUCCUCUCCUUCCUGGCCUUCGUCCUGGGGAACCGGCAGGAUGGACUCAUGACAGAAGAGCUGCUGGCUGAGAGCAAGGAGGGAGGCAACGCCUAACCAGAACUUUAGGUUCUUAAAUUUCCUUGUGUCUGUUUUCAUGAUGUACCAGUCCCUCAACAUCAGCUCUAAAGAGGGAGGCAACCCAGGUCUCCGAAGGAGAGGAUUAUCGAGUAACCAGCCAGCCUUCCUGUCACAUCUACCUGCCAAACACCCAGAAUAACCUUCCCUUGAUGUCCAUCCAUUUUGCUUGCAGUCCCUAAAUCAUCGCCCCCAGCACUUAGAUGGAGCCCAAUACACUUUUAUCCCAACGUGUCUACCGAGCAAACCCUUGCACAUCAUCUGAUAGACCAUGACAGGGGCAGAGACUGUUAUUCUGUUAAGAAGUAUGCGGACUACCCACUACCUACCUGCGAAGGCACAGGGUUGCUAUUGUACACCUGCAGUACAAGCACAGACACACACACACAAACAUACACUCAUACACACACUCUUGCGCCACCUCACAACUCAUAUGCACAAAUACAACUCUGCAACACGUGCACAUGCAGUACAUUCAAACAAAACAUCAACAAACUCUGUAAUUACAAGUAUUAAACUAUGUUAACACUGAGCCGUGUGUACCACCGUCAGAAUGUGUGUGUCAUGUUUUAUUUGUGAAAAGAAGAAACUGCUCAUUUUCAGAUAAUAGCUGGUUGACGUAAAUCUAUUGUGUUUCAUAUGUAAGGUUUGACAAUGACAUGAAAGUUUUAGUUUCUUCCUUUUGCCCAUGGAUCCUCCUCAUUUACUAGAAAAAAUAUUUAAGACUGUUUUAUAAGAAUACUACCAUCUGAGAGAAAAAAAAACUUGUAUUACAAAGUAUGUACAGUGAAUAUUAAAGAUGUUCUAGGAAUUUUACCUAAAUCCAUUCAAUGCCCUGCUAGCUAACUUUGCACAGUGCUACAGUUUGAGGAGAGAUCUGAUAUUUUAUAGUCUGUGGUAUUUACACUGUGAUGGGGGCUAUUAGGACUGUGUGUGUGUGUGUGUGUGUGUGUGUGUGUGUGUGUCAGGAAGUCUGCGGUUGCAUGAGUGAGUGUGAGCACGUGCACAUACGUGCAUGUUGGUGUGAAUGUGUUGCAUUUGUUGGCCUAGUGAACCAAUAUGGCAGCCUCAUACACAACUGUCCUGUUCCGUAGCUGAGUCUGUCUGUCUCUGUCUUUGUGUCCAGCUUUCUCUUUCUGUUACUGAACCCCUGCCCCCCCAUCUCACUUUAUUUUGUUGGGACAUACAGGGUAACAUGAUGGAUGUUGUGUAUAGAGACUGGUGUGCCUGAGAACUGAACUUUAAUGGUAAAUGAUAAGUAAGGCCUGUCCCAGCCUCACCUGUGGAUAUGUUCCUGUGUAAAUAGAUAUUCUAUAGAUACCAAACAAUUAGCAAAUAUGGACAAGGAGAUUAACUUAGAGCAAUUUAAGAGAUUCCUUUAAGAAUAUAUGAACACUUAAUAAAGGUUUUCACUGUAAAACACUGUUGUUUUUUUGUUUUUUGUUGUUGUUGUUUUUUUGCUUCAUUUUGUUCAAGUUGAUUUUUGCUAAAGAGACAUUUA